AUGGCUGCCAUACAUAUGGGCUAUAGUAAAAUGGCUUUGGAGAAAGGGAGCCUGGGAAAUGACAUUUUCAGCUUGGUAACCCAGGCUCCAGAUCUCCUGACUCAACUGAUCAAGCGUCAAGAUUUCCUUCAAGACCAGACAAUAUAUAAAGAGAUGCUCAAGUAUGAGACGGGCUUCCUGGUUUGUACCGCCAUUGGUCUUCUGUUUAUCGUCCUUGUUCCCCUAGUGGGCUUGUAUUUCUGCUGCUGCCGCUGCUGUGGACACUGUGGAGGUUUCAUGUACCAGAAGCAGAACAAGCACACUGCCUGCAAGAGGCAGACUCUUUUUUGGUCUCUGCUGGGUAUUACUGUUGUUCUUCUGGCUGGAGAUAUCUGUGCAUAUGUCUGCAACCAACGUAUAUCCCAGGGUGUAGGGAGAAGUUUUGGCAUUUUUAACAAUACAGUGGGCAACUUGCAAAUUUAUCUGAAUUCUGUAUCUCAGGAGAUUAGUGACAUCAUCAGCUUCAGUGAAGUGCCACUGAAUGAAGUCAAUAGGAGCCUAUUGAAUAUUGAUACUAUCUUGGGGAACAAGAUCAAGGAGCAGCUAGGUGGACCAGUAGACAAAACGCUAGGCAUAGCUGAGCAGCUUCUCCAAGACAUUCACAGUAUAGAAAAGGAACUCCAAAAGGUCAACCAGACUGGCGUUCGCUUGCAGGAAAUGCAAAAGGAGCUGGACAAAAACCUGACCCGCCUGAGAACCGAGAUCAAUGACACUCUGAAUCAUUGUGGUGGCCCAUGCCGGAAUGUGUCCAUAGAGAACCUGACGCCUGGGGCCAAUUUUAAUACGAUUCCUGAUGUCAAUCAUCCACUUCGUCGGAUAUCUGAUCUGACAAUGUCAGAUCCCAACAGCACUAUCAUACAGGCAAGAAAUGCGCUGGAAGAAAUACCACAGAAAGUCUCUAAUCAAACCAAAAAGGAGGUGUCUGAGAUGCAGGCUCAACUUUACCAUGUCAAGACGGAAAUUAAUGCAAUCAGUAGUAACUUUAACAUGCUGGACUCACUGAAGAAUAUCUCUGGGCUCAUGGAUGAUGCUGUAAAGAUGGCAAAUGAAUAUCAGCCAGCUGUGUUCAAUUAUGAUGGCUACAGGUGGGGUGUUGGCUUCUGCCUUUGCUGCCUGCUGCUUGUAAUAAUUGUAUUCAAUGUGUUGGGCCUUUUGCUUGGUGGUCUUGGGCUAGAUCCACAUGAGAUGCCUACCAAAAGGGGCUGCCUCUCCAACACCGGUGGAAACUUCUUUAUGGCGAGUGUUGGAUUCAGCUUUAUAUUUUCAUGGUUGCUGAUGCUACUGGUUCUACUGCUAUUUUUAGUCGGAGGCAAUUCAUACACACUGGUUUGCCGGCCUUGGGCCAAUGGAAUUCUCCUCCAGUUUCUGGACACACCUGGAUUGUUCCCUCAAUUAAAUGUGAAAAAGCUCAUGCAACUGAAGGGUUCUGAUGUAAACCUGACCAGCAUAUACAAGAACUGUGAAGAAAAUGCACCCUUGUGGAAUACCUUUCACCUAGAUGAGAUCAUCUCCCUGGAUGAUACCUUCAACAUCAGCAAGUACACUCGAGACAUUAAUUCAACCUUGGAUAAAAUAAAUGUCAGUAUUGGGUCUAUUGAUCUUCUGGAUGAUGAACAGAAACGCAGCAUGCUGAAACUGAGUUCAGAAGAUGGGCCUCUAGAUAUGGAUUUUAACAGUACUCUUAAACAACUUGACCAGAAUCUGACCAAACAAGACCUGAAUGCCUUGGCUAAUAAAUUGGAAGAUCUGGCAAAAAAGAGCAGUGAUCCUACAAGGAGAGAUCUGCAAAGUCAGGCUGAUGAGCUAAAGAGGAUCCAGGAUUGGAUAAACCUCAGAUUUCCUCCAGAAAUUCAAGUCCUGAAGAGAAGCAUCCAGAACCUGCAGAAUUCCGCACCUCAGAUUCCAAAACUGAUAAACUUCACGCUGUCGGAAAUAGAUAAGACCGAUUCAUUUAUAAAGCAUCAGACUGAGGAAGUUAUAAAAAAUGAGACGAAGGUUUUUGCAUGGCGUGUGCUGGGUUACUUUGCCUCUUACCUGAACUGGGCUCAGGAUGUUAUCAAAGGACAAGUGGGUCGCUGUGGCCCUGUAGCCUGGGCACUGGAUAGCGUGAAUGUCGUUGUCUGCAAUUACACCGUUGAUUCUUUGAAUGCCUUCUGGUUCAGUCUGGCCUGGUGCACUGUCUUUCUGUUGCCAAGUAUCAUCUUGGCUGUGCGGCUUGCCAAGUUUUAUCGCAGAAUGAGCGUCGAUGACAUAUAUGAGGAUGAGAUUAUGGAAAACUUUGAACUAUCAAGGCAAAACAUGUUCAAAAUGCCCCGGGCUGAGUUGAGGAAAUAACAUCUCCUUUUUCAACAUUCCAUCUCCGAGCAGCUAUGAAGAUGAAAAACAGUGGUCUAGAGAAUUUUUGGAUUUCUCUUGACAGUGUUGAGUGUGUGGAUCAUUACUUUGUCACAAUUUUUUCCUGAACAAGUUUGCAAUAUGGCAGCAACUUUUUCCCUACAAGAGAGACUAUUGUGCCAUAAGCCCUGUGACAUGGAAGUUUAGUUUGGCUGUAUCCUCAGGGUAUUGAGAGGUUGUGCUCUACUGUAGAGUUUAGGCUUGCAGUCUUUAUGCUAUGUCCUUUCUACAGGAAAGGCUCCUUAUCCUCAGGAGACUCCAGAGUCCUUAGAUUUCAGUGCCUGAUAUCACUGCAUGCUACUGAAUUACCCUACAGACCCCAAUAGGCAAGCAGUUGAAAUUGCACUAUUUAUUUAUAUUGAGAUGGAAAGAAAGAGAAGGGCAUUAUGUUAAGAAGUCUCUUCUGCUUCAAAUCAAUCUAGAUCUUUUUUUUGUGGCGCAGUUAAGAUGACUAACACUGGCCUACAAAGAAUUUAUAGUCAUGACAAGAAAUGUGACAGGCAACAUAGCAAAACUUCUUUAAUUCUUUGAACCUCAGCAGUCCUCCACUGUGUUCGAAUUUAGAAAUCUUUGCUAAGUUAACUUGAAUUACAAAUAGUGCCUUGCUGCACUAAAUCAAAAUCCACACCUACUCCAAAGAUUGACAUUCUGGAGAGAAAGCAAAUAUGAGCCAUAAUGAAACACUUUUGAGUACUUCUAUUAAUCUGUGCAUCAGGAAGAAUGAAUUGCCUUAAAUUUUAUCUAGAGCACUUUCCAGAUUUGUGUCUUGUUGCUUCACUAUACCACUGCAACCUGGGGUCAUGUAUGCUUCUCUCUUUCCCCCUUCCUCACAUCCUCCAAUACUUGAUUUGCAUAUUUUGGGCAUUUUAUACCCCCCUCCCCCAAUCAUGUUGAACCAUGAAAAAGUAUUUUGCCAGAAGUGUGGUUCUCCCAUGUGGUGGGGAAAAUGUUAAUAGAAUUAGAUAUUGUUUAUUAAGGAAUUAGUAGUAGGAAUGGAUGCAUUUAGAUUAAUGCAAAAUGAAAAUGACUCCAAUAAUAAAAGGGAAUGAUAGAACCAUUUGGAAGAAGAAUGCCACAAGGCUUCUAUUCCUUUUAGAUUAGCUUCAUCUGCCCUGGGGCACUCUGGAUGUGAGGAAUUACAACUGACAUAACUGGAAGCCAGAACGAGUUCCACAACACUGGAAAUUUGCAGUUUGGGGAAAGAUUGGACUAGCAGCAGAAAAUAUUGUGCUUUUUUUAAUGAGUCACAGACUCAUUAAUCCAGAGUAUGGCACAUAAACUAAUUGUGCAAUGUGUUGGUCUGAAUGUAAAAUUACAAAUUUUAUUUCAAAGUAUUGAAUGUCAGGAGGGUAGAUCAUGUAUUACUUAAACUUUCUGUUGUCCAAUCUGCAUAUAAAGCUUUUAAAGAACCCAUUUGUAUUUAUAAUAAAAUUUAAAUCAGAUUCCCAGCUGAGUA